AUGUUAAUCUUUCUCAUCUUCUCUUUAGCUGAAGUUGAGAAUGAUAACCUGACUUCGCCACUUGAAAAUCAAACAACAACAGAAAUAACAGAUAUAUCAAAUUCAGUAAAUUCUACAGAAGUAAACGAUGAGAAAGAAAUUUUAGAAGAUAACGUUAAUUCAACUUUAAAUCUCACAAAUACUGACGACGAUGAUAUCCAAAUUGACCCUGAUUUGGAAAACGAUGCUGUUUCAGAAGAUUUCGAUUCAAAAGUUCUGGAAGCCCUAAAAGAAAAUUCCACGCUUCCUAAACCUACACCUAAACCACGUGUUAAGCAAGAAUAUCUCUUGGAAGAAGGAAUUGAAGUUAUGCAACCAGAACCUGAAGAAAACGAAUCAGCUGAUUUUGAAAUAUCUCUAAAUUUGCCUCUAAAGCCAGGAGAUGAUCCUUCUUCGAACAAUUCUAAACCGCAAAAAAUUAUAUUUUUCAAUUCUUCGAAAAUAGCAGUCGGUCAAGUAGUUUGUUCCGGUCCGAAUACAAGAAAAGGGAAGAAAGGAUUUUGUGAAUGUGUUGAAGGCUUCGAACACGGAGAUCCUUCAUCAAGAUACGGUUGUUAUCAUUGCAAUCAAAAGUGCCACAUCAAAGCCGAAUGUACAUAUCCAGGCAAAUGCGCUUGUAAAAACGGAAUGGUCGGCGACGGAGUCAAAACUUGUCUUAUACCAGCCCCUCACCUUUUGAAGGUUGAUCUCCUUCUUGUGCAAGCUAUAGGUGGAGAAAAUAUCACUGUUACAUACUACACUGCUUCUAAUUAUACUCAGGAAUACGGUUACUGCAAAUUUGGCUCAACUGUCGUAAAAGGAAAGAUUCUCAAUGACGGAGAGCUUAUUUGCCCUGUUCCUCCGUCAUCAAAAAGAGGAUUGAAGCUUUCAAUGUCGUUUGAUUCUGAGACAUGGUCCGAAAACUCCAUCAUUAUUAUGUAUCAUCAGCGAUCAUCAUGGAUAUCAAUCAUUAUUAAGUUAUUAUGCUUCUUCUGCGGAUUGGGUGGAAUUAUUUUUUACAUAUUUAAGAGACAGAAGAUCGUUAUCAAUCCAGAGAUAGAUAUUAAAGGUGAAGAAACCCCAUUCCAUCUAUCAAAGCAGACAUAUCAGGAUGAUUUCUCAGCAGAUUUAUAA